CCUGAGAAAAUACAAGAGAUCAUCCUCAUCCUCAUCCUCCCCCCCUGCGGCGCUCGGUGGAGAGGAGUGUGCAUGCUCGGUGCUGGAGAGAGUCCGACAGCUGAGGUGAUCUGACACUCCGAGGAGGCGCAGUCAAUGAGGGACCAAGCCGAGAAGUGAACCGGUGUGCGCGCGGUCCAAAAACGCCCUCUAAGCGCGAGGGUGGCGAGGAGGGACUGAAGAGGAAAAAAUAAGAACUAAAUCCCUCCCUUGCUCUGACACAGGAAGAUAGACUGCACAUUGCAUCGCAAAGAUGGGGAACCGGGGAAUGGAGGAUUUGAUUCCUCUGGUGAACCGCAUGCAGGAUGCCUUCUCCGCCAUCGGCCAGAACGCGAACCUGGACUUGCCGCAGAUCGCCGUGGUGGGCGGCCAGAGUGCGGGGAAGAGCUCGGUACUGGAGAACUUCGUCGGGAAGGAUUUCCUUCCCCGUGGUUCUGGCAUUGUGACUCGUCGUCCUUUGGUUCUGCAGCUGAUGAACUGCCCCACAGAAUAUGCUGAGUUCCUCCACUGUAAGGGCAAAAAGUUUCUAGAUUUUGAUGAGGUCCGGCAGGAAAUCGAGGCAGAGACUGACCGCAUCACCGGGGCCAACAAGGGCAUCUCCCCUGUGCCCAUUAACCUGCGUGUUUACUCCCCCAAUGUGCUGAACCUGACCCUGGUGGACCUGCCGGGGAUGACCAAGGUGCCGGUGGGCGACCAGCCUGCAGACAUCGAGUCCCAGAUUAGAGAAAUGCUGAUGCAGUUUGUCACCAAGGAGAACUGCCUGAUGCUGGCCGUGUCCCCAGCCAACUCUGAUCUGGCCAACUCUGACGCUUUAAAGAUUGCCAAAGAGGUCGACCCUCAGGGUAUGAGGACCAUCGGUGUGAUCACCAAACUGGACCUGAUGGACGAGGGGACGGAUGCUAAGGAAAUUCUGGAGAAUAAGCUGCUUCCACUCAGGAGGGGUUACAUCGGCGUGGUGAACAGGAGCCAGAAGGACAUCGAUGGCAGGAAGGACAUCAAUGCUGCUAUGGCUGCUGAGAGGAAGUUCUUUCUCUCCCACCCUGCAUAUAGACACUUGGCCGACCGGAUGGGCACUCCCUACCUCCAGAAAGUCCUCAAUCAGCAACUGACCAACCACAUCCGGGACACCCUCCCGAAUCUGCGGGCCAAGCUGCAGAGUCAGCUUCUGUCCAUAGAGAAGGAGGUGGAGGAGUACAAGAACUUCAGACCUGACGAUCCAUCUCGCAAGACCAAGGCUCUGCUCCAGAUGGUGCAGCAGUUCUCUGUGGACUUUGAGAAGUGUAUAGAGGGCUCCGGGGACCAGAUUGACACAGCUGAGCUGUCAGGUGGUGCCAGGAUCAAUCGCAUCUUCCAUGAACGCUUCCCCUUCGAACUGGUCAAGAUGGAGUUUGAUGAGAAAGAGCUCCGCAAGGAGAUCAGCUACGCCAUCAAGAACAUCCACGGAAUCAGGACGGGGCUGUUCACCCCUGACCUGGCCUUUGAGGCCAUAGUGAAAAAGCAGAUCCAAAAGCUGAAGGAGCCCACACUGAAGUGUAUAGAUAUGGUAGUGAGUGAACUCACCUCCACCAUACGAAAGUGUAGUAACAAGCUGGCUCAGUAUCCCAUGUUGCGAGAGGAGAUGGAGAGAAUCGUCACCCACCACAUCAGGGACAGAGAAAGCCGAACUAAGAACCAGGUGUUGCUGUUGAUAGACAUUGAGUUGUCCUACAUGAACACCAACCAUGAGGACUUCAUCGGAUUUGCCAACGCUCAGCAGAGGAUCAACCAAAUGAACAAGAAAAAAACAGCUGGCAACCAGGAUGAGAUCAUGGUGAUCAGGAAGGGCUGGCUGACCAUCAACAACAUCGGCAUCAUGAAGGGAGGAGCCAAGGAGUACUGGUUUGUCCUCACCGCAGAAUCUCUGUCCUGGUAUAAAGACGAUGAGGAGAAGGAGAAGAAGUACAUGCUGCAGGUGGACAACCUGAAGCUGCGCGAUGUGGAGAAAGGCUUCAUGUCCAGCAAGCACAUCUUUGCCCUCUUCAACACUGAACAGAGGAAUGUGUAUAAGGACUACCGUCAGCUGGAGCUGGCCUGUGAGACUCAGGAAGACAUUGAUGCAUGGAAGGCCUCCUUCCUCAGAGCCGGAGUUUAUCCUGAACGGGUCACGAGUGAUGGCGGUGACGAAAAUGGCUCUGACAACAUAAUGCACAGCAUGGACCCUCAGCUGGAGCGGCAGGUUGAGACCAUUCGUAACCUGGUUGACUCCUACAUGGCCAUUGUCAACAAGACCGUCCGCGACUUGAUGCCGAAGACCAUCAUGCACCUCAUGAUUAACAAUACUAAGGAGUUCAUCAACGCAGAGCUGUUGGCCCAGCUGUACUCGUGUGGCGACCAGAACACGCUGAUGGAGGAGUCUCAGGAGCAAGCCAUGCACCGCGAUGAGAUGCUGCGGAUGUACCACGCCCUGCGGGAGGCCCUCAACAUCAUCGGUGACAUCAGCACAUCCACGAUAAGCACCGCCAUGCCGCCUCCUGUGGAUGACUCCUGGCUGCAGGUGCAACGGGGUGGCUCUGGAGGAAGGUCUCCAGCCACCAGUCCAACUCCAAACCGCAGGGCUCCACCGGGACCUCCAGCCCGCCCCGGCUCUCGUGGUCCUCCACCUGGACCUCCUCCUGCAGGAGGACCCCCAGUCCCAUCUCGCCCGGGGGCUUCUCCGGACCCUUACAGCGGGCCACCACCCACCGUGCCCUCCCGGCCUAACCGUGCACCCCCAAGUGUGCCCAGAAUCACUAUCACUGACCAGUGAGGACUAACGUUUCUGUCGGAGACCCCCACCUUCUCCAACCCACUAGACCUCUGAACUCCUCCCACCCUCCCUCCGUCAGUCCGUCCCACCUCUGGAUGACAGGCCACGGACAACAGUGCCACCUUGCUGUCGUUUUCUGCCAUACCCGACCUGAGCCGGUUCCCUUCUCUUGCUCCUACUUCCCCCUUACAACACACACACAAACCGUACACCCCUCUGUUUCACACAGAGAUGCAGAAUACUUGAAACACACCUGCAUGACUGACUUACAACCAUGCUGCAUCCUCAGAAUUUAAAUAAACUAUGUAGAGUAUAUAAAGUCAUUGAUACAAUUUGAGUGUAUGUGCACAUGUGCAUGCACACAUGCUUACAUAAAUACACAUAUUUAUAUAUAUAUACAAGCAGAUACAUGCAGAAUAUCUGUUCCUGCUGUUAAACCUAAGGUUGGAGACAUUUGCAAACUAAGCAUGACACUUUGCCUUUGUAUUAAUUAUACUCCAGCCUUUCUGACGGGUAUUCUGGCUGCUGACUGAUGUAUUUUUUUCUCUUAUCUCUUAGCAUUUGUUUUAUCAAAUUUUCCUCACCUUGUAUUUCCAGCCAUGCUUGAAGAAAAAAAGUGUUUAAUCAAGUGGCUUCAGAGCAGAGUUUUUAAAAAUGGUAGCUACUUUUGGAUAAAAUUACACCGAACAGUAUCAGAAUGUCCACAGUAAAUUCUUCAGGUCACUUAUUUUGGUGACAAUCAUGGAUGGAUUACUUGGAUGGAACGGGCCUACUGGGCACAGGCCCAGGGGCCCAAAGUGUUUAGGGCUCCCCUGGCCUUCACCAGCAAAAUGGCUCUCAAAUGAACACAUACCAAUCAGGAAUGACCAGAAAGAGACACAAAAAGACCACAAACAGACUGCAAAGAGGCACAAAUUAGGCAAAACAAUGACAAAGAGACACAAAGUGACUUCAAAGAGACACAAAAUGAAUUCAAACAGCCAAAAAACAACUUCAAAAAGACAUAAAUUUACUACAGAGACAUGCAGUGACCUCAGAGACACAAAACGACUUCGGACAAAAAACAUUCUCAAAGAGACACAAAAUGACCACAACGAGACAUAAAAUGACUUCAAACAGACAAAAAACAACUUCAAAGACACACAAAAUGACCUCAGAGACACAAAACAACCACAGAGUCACAAAAUGACCUCAUAGAGACACAAAAAACAACCACAAAGAGAUACAAAAUGACCUCACAGAGACACAAAACAACCACAGAGAGACACAAAAUGACCUCAGAGACACAAAACAACCACAAAGACACACAAAUUGACCUCACGGAGAUACAACACAACCACAGAGAGACAUAAAAAUGACCUCACAAAGACACAAAACCACAAAAAGAUGCAUAACAGGUACAAAGAGAUGAAAAACAACAACAAAAAAAAGAGGCAAAACCAUCACAAAGUCUAUGUGUCUCGUUCCCAUGUAGGAGAGGUAGUGGGGCCUCAUGUCUGUGCAUAUCUGUAUCCAUUGUCUUAAAGCAGCUGGAUACCAGAGGCUUUGUUUUUGAAAUUUUUAUUAACAAUCAGUGUUGUUAUUAGAAAUUACUCUCUAAAAGCGUCACUGAAGCUCUGCUCUCUGGAAGUCAUGUGGAAAAAUGCUUAUUUUCCUCACAGCAUCUCAGGCAACAAGUUGAAUAAGAAACCCCUCCAUCUUCCCUUUUAGCUCCUCUCCUUUACAACUCACCCUGGUUGGUUUCCACCCAUCAUUUACGACACACACUGCACCAUCAUUUACACAGCUCACGCAAGGGAAGAGGGCUUGAAUCUUUCUUUCCUCCUCCUCUUUCUCCCCUUGCACUAGGACUGAAGGAGCGAUCAUCUGAGGGACCUGUUGUUGCCUCCGGAAGGCCUCACUGUCACUAAAUUCCCCUGUGUUAUAACUUCAUUGUGUGAUUGAAUCAUUAGAGAAUAGUUCACAUAACUGUGUCACAACCAUCUCUCAACAAAACUGCCUUCACAGAAGCUAUGCAACAAAGAAAAUAGUUUCCUGAUUAUUUUAGCUUAAAUAGGUGCCUUGCAUGGCACUCCUCUCCUCCGUACAAAAACAUUGUCACUAAGUUAUCUUAUUAAGGCGGGAUCUAAAUAGAAAGUGCAAUAUAUGAAUUUUGAUUCUGCUGUAUGACAGCAGUCACACAUUUUUAACCAAGAGCAAGGGAAACUGUGGCCUGAGACUGUUAGAUAGCUCCUUAUAUGUCCUGUUCAUUCAGAGGGAAUGAGGUUUAAAAUGUUUGUAGUGUGUUUCUAAGUCAGCUUUGAUCACAUGAUGCAUCAAAUCUUCGGAUAUACUGGCAGGAAAACAUCUUAUCCAGGUUCAUGAUCUGCCAUUUAUUUUCUGUUUCUUUGUCCCCUUCCUUUUUUC